GGAGGACAGCAAAGGGCUCAGACGUGGACUGGGACGACCUUUGGGAUCAGUUUGAAGAGCGGCGGUACCUGAGCGCCCGGAGGUGGAAGGGCGGAGAGGACCCGUACCGGCUCCAUGCCUUUAAUCAGCGGGAGAGCGAGAGGAUCCCCAGUGACCGUGCUGUCCACGACACCCGCCAUCACAGGUGUACAACUUUGCACUAUGGCCAGGACCUCCCACCAACGAGCGUCAUCAUCACUUUCCACAACGAGGCCAGGUCAACCCUGCUAAGGACAAUUCGGAGCACCCCAGUGCACCUCGUCCAUGAAAUCAUACUAGUGGAUGACUUCAGUGAUGAUCCUGACGACUGCCGCUUGUUGGGCAAGCUCCCCAAGGUGAAGUGUUUGCGGAACGGACGGCGAGAAGGUCUGAUCCGGUCCCGAAUCCGAGGGGCAGAUGUGGCACAAGCAGGAGUCCUGACCUUCCUUGACAGUCACUGUGAGGUGAAUAAAGACUGGCUGCUCCCUCUGCUGCAGAGGAUCAAAGAGGAUCCCACCCGAGUGGUCAGCCCCGUUAUUGACAUCAUCAACUUGGAUACUUUUGCCUAUGUGGCGGCUUCCUCUGACCUCAGAGGAGGUUUUGACUGGAGUCUGCAUUUCAAAUGGGAGCAGCUUUCCCCAGAGCAGAAAGCCAAACGACUUGAUCCCACUGAACCCAUUAAGACUCCUAUCAUUGCUGGGGGGCUGUUUGUGAUCGAUAAAGCCUGGUUCAACCACCUGGGGAAGUAUGACAGCGCCAUGGACAUCUGGGGUGGGGAGAACUUUGAAAUCUCUUUCCGUGUGUGGAUGUGUGGAGGGAGCCUGGAAAUCAUCCCCUGCAGCCGUGUUGGACACGUCUUCCGGAAGAAACAUCCAUACGUCUUUCCAGAGGGAAAUGCCAAUACAUACAUUAAAAACACCAAGCGCACAGCAGAAGUGUGGAUGGAUGAAUUCAAGCAGUACUACUAUGCGGCUCGUCCCGCAGCCCAGGGGAGGCCUUAUGGAAAUGUCCAGAGCAGAGUGGAGCUGCGGAAGAGGUUGAAAUGCAACAGCUUCAAGUGGUACCUGGAAAACGUCUAUCCUGAACUUCGGAUUCCCGAGGAAUCGCUCUAUCAGACUGGGAUGAUCAGGCAAAGGCAGAGCUGCUUGGAGUCACACAAAUCUGAAACCCAAGAGCUUCCCAUCCUGAGCUUAAAUCCUUGCAUCAGCAGCAAAGGCACAGCAGCAACGGCACAGGAAUGGAUGUAUACAUACAACCACCAAGUCCGCCAGCAGCAACUGUGCUUGUCCGUGUACACCCUCUUCCCAGGUUCCCAAGUGCUGCUAUCACCUUGCAAAGAAGGUGACAACAAGCAGCGAUGGGGUAAAGUUGGGUCACACAUUGAACAUAUAGCUUCACGCUUCUGUUUGGAUACUGAGACGAUUGGGGACACAAAUGAGAGCACCAAAGAGCUUGUCAUCAACCCUUGUGAGAGCACAGCCAUGAGUCAGCGCUGGGACAUGGUGAUGUCUUGA